GCUGACACAAAUGGAAGAAAUCAUCUUACAAAAUAUCACAGAGGAUAGAAAAGUGAGAUCCUUUCGAACUGGCCAAAGUCCUUUCGAAUUCGCUGCCCGGGGGACCCGCGGCUGCUGCACGGAGCUGUCGCCAGCAGCAGAAAGCAGGGUCGCCCCCCUCAACCCAAGCCGAGGGCGCCCGCGGGGCGCGGCGGGGUCCCGGCGGCGGCAGCGCUCCAGGAGAGCCGGGACCCGCGCGGGGACUGGGGCGGGCGGCCCCUCGGCCGAGGCAGCCGAACCCCGCUGCGGGGCUGCGUCGCCCCUUGGGCUCGCCGUCCCGUCCCGCACCGGCAUUACCUCGUCCUCCGCUACUGCUGCUGCCGCUAGUCGUGCCUACUCUGCCGGAGCACCGAAGCGCCGCCCCCGGGGCUACACGGAUCCCCCGCCCCGGGGCGGGCUCUCAGCGCUGGGCGGGCGGAGGCGCCUGGCGCGGGCCGGGCCCAGGGCGGCGCGCGGGGCUGAGGGCGGCGAGCGCCGGGGCGGCCGGACUGACCUCUCUGGUUUCCUCCUUCCCUCCCUUCCCGUCCCCUUUGCCGGCGCCCGGCCCGGCAGCGGCUGCAGGCGGGGGCCGCCCCGUUCCUGUGGCAACGCCCGUUCCCGGGCGGCGGCCAUGGGCGGCUGGGCCGCGGCGCCAUGGCGGCUUGGUGGCUGCAGCGGGCGCGGCGGCCUCCGCGGCGCUGCGCGGCUGUGGGACAGCUCCCGCCCCGGCGCUGGGGACCGGGCGGCGACCCUGAGCGACUUCCUGCAGAGCUCGGUGGAGGCCGAGGAGCCGGGCGCGGCAGCGGCGAGGCGGGAGCGGCGGUGCCCCCGGGAGGGCACGGUGCUGCUCUUCCCCGGGCAGGGCACCCAGUUCGUGGGGAUGUGCCGCGGGCUGCAGCAGUACCCCGGCGUGCGGGACAUGUACCGCCUGGCCGAGAAGGUGCUGGGCUACGACCUGCUCUCCCUCUGCCUGGAGGGGCCGCGGGACGCGCUGGACCGCACCCAGCACUGCCAGCCCGCCGUGUUCGUCGCCUCCCUGGCCGCCGUGGAGAAGCUCAACCACCUGCAGCCUGAAGUCGUGGAGCACUGCGUGGCGGCCGCCGGCUACAGCGUGGGGGAGUUCGCGGCGCUGGUCUUCGCUGGAGCCCUGGGCUUUGCUGAAGCGCUGUACGCGGUGAAAGUGCGCGCCGAAGCCAUGCAAAAGGCGUCGGAAGCUGUCGCCAGUGGAAUGCUUUCGGUUGUCGGCCGGCGAGAGGCAAAUUACAAAUUUGCCUGCCUGGAAGCCCGUAAACACUGUGAAUCGCUGGGUAUCGAGAACCCCGUGUGCACAGUUUCAAACUAUUUGUUUCCAGACAGCAGAGUCAUUGCAGGACACUUACAGGCUUUGGAGUUUUUGCAGGAGAAUGCCCGAAAAUAUUAUUUUAAACGUACAAAAAUGCUUCCAGUCAGUGGGGCUUUUCAUACCAGCCUCAUGGAACCAGCAGUAGAGCCACUGGCUGAAGUCCUAAAAUCGAUUGAAAUUCAGAAACCGCUGCUCUGUGUGUAUUCCAAUGUCGAUGGCAAAAAGUACAUGCAUUCAAAGCACAUUCAAAAGCUGUUAGUGAAGCAGGUGGUGUCACCUGUUCUGUGGGAGCAGACCAUGCACUCAGUGUACGAAAGAAAGCAAGGAACAGAAUUUCCUUACACAUAUGAAGUGGGGCCUGGGAAUCAACUAGGACCCAUUCUCAAACAAUGUAAUUUGAAGGCCUGGAAACAAUAUAAACAUGUAGAUGCUCUGGAAGAUGAGGAAGCAGCGGAGACUUAAAUAACCUUUUGAGAAAAAUCCACACAAUUCCUUUUUUUUCUGAUUUAAAACUUUGUGCUCCCAAAAGAGGAAGUCUUAAAUAAUCAUAUAUUGUAAAGAGAACUAUGUGUGUAAUUGCAAUGAACAUUUUCCUUUGAGUUCCUCAGGUGUGGAAAGCGGAGAGCAAAGUUUGGCCUUCCAUCUGUGUUGGGACUGCAACGCUGUCAACAAACAGGCCAGGUAGCAUUGUUUGGCCUCAAUCCUGCAAGCAACUUUUUCUCUUGGGUUUUUCUUUUGUUUUUGUUUUUUUUUCAGUUGGUUGUUUUUAGGGGAGUGUUUUGGAUGUGGAUUCAGGUUCCAGUUGGUAGCCUGGGCUGUCUGAUGCAGGGAUCUUCUGCAGGAAUGUGGGGGUUGUUGUUGGCUCCAAGUUGUAGAGGGCUCUGUUCUGGGCUGGAGGGUGUGUGUAGAGGAGCCAUUUCUUGGGAUGGCUUUCAGGUGUGUUGAUGUUCCCAUUAUCUUACUCAACUGACUUGUGGGGUGUUCAUCUAUUUAAAGUUCUCUUACUUUGUGUCCACAUUGCCAGGUAGCAGCUGAGUGAGGCAAAUGAUGUUACUAGAAAAAAUUAUUUUCUUAUGGUUAAACUAUAAAUAAACUAUGAAGCUUUUCUUGCUCUUUUUAAUACUU